AUGGCGACCGCUCAAAGCGUGAAGACAACCGCAACGCUCGCCUGGAACAAUGCCGCCGUGCCGUUAACUUUGAUAAUUCCAACAUUCACGCUGCCAACUGGGAGUACGGUGGAGGCUGUCACAGCAGCUCACAUUCCUGCCCCUACACGACUCGAACCUACCAUACCGGUUGAAGGAUCUGGAAAUGUGGCAUGGUCAUCGACCACUCGAUGGCUGGCUUUAUGCUAUCUGCUCCUACUAGCAAUCAAAAUGACUGAUGAAAGUUUAUGA